GCAAGUAGAGGCGGGUCUCCUCUUUCUCCAUUUUUAGACCCUUUAGGGUCACCUCCUCCUGCUCAUAUGGGGUCCCUAGGAUCCCUUAGUAGACCUUCUUUAUACCCUAUACCUAGCCAGUAUCCCUAUCCAACAAUAGGUAUGGAUCAGCUGGCAGCAUGGCACUACCAGGGGCGAGGAAUGUCCCCCUACUCCCUGGCUGGUUUAACCCCUACCUCCCUUAGCUCCCCUAUCUCUAGGUUCUCCCCUGGAGGGGGCCUUAUACCACCUCAUCCAGAUUUUGGUUUUUCAGGAUUUGGAUUUCCCCCCGGAUUCUCCCCUCACCUACCUCAUAUCAAGCAGGAGUAUGAUCGACCUCCAGGUCUGAUUCAUCACCCGGGGGAUCAAGAUAAACAUGAGAGUCCGAAAAAGAAGGAGCCGCAUAUUAAGAAACCCUUAAACGCGUUUAUGCUGUACAUGAAGGAAAUGCGCCCCGUUGUACAAGCCGAGUGUACACUCAAGGAAUCAGCUGCAAUCAACCAAAUUCUAGGACGUAGGUGGCAUGGGUUGACCCGGGAAGAACAGGCUAAAUACUACGAAAAAGCGCGACAAGAACGACAGCGACACAUGCAGAUGUACCCACAUUGGAACGCGCGCGACAACUAUAGAUACGGACAGAAGAAGAAGAAACGAAAGCGCGAUAAAAGCGAUGAUCCGGCUGCUUCCAUGAAGAAAUGCCGCGCAAGAUACGGGCUGGACCAACAAAAUCUGUGGUGUAAGCCCUGCAGACGGAAGAAGAAGUGUAUAAGAGUACAGAUGUACCUGGCUGGUCGUACUGAGCAGGAAAUUGAAGCAACUCAAUUCGAUGAGGAUGGGGAGGCGAUACCGCCGCUCAAUGCUCGCCCACCCGCCUCAACCGCCGCAUCCAACAGUUGCUCAAGUAACGGUAGUGACGGGGAAGGCGGAAGCCCCGCCAGUCAAGUUGGAAGUAUCGAAUCCUCCGAACAUUCUAUUCGGUCUCCAGCAACCCCAGGCGGGGGUCUUAGCAUACCAAGCAUAGGUUCACCGGCAAGCAUCGCCUCGCCGGCCACUCCCGGCACAGCAGAAGACUGGUUUCGGCACAACGCCGGUUUCCGACCGCCGGCUCCCAACCAUAGACCUGUAGGAACUGAUCCUAGGGACUCCAAAAACCCGCUUUCAAUCAGCAGUCUUACCAGCUGUCAUUCAAGGGAGAGUGGGCAUGAUGCUAAAACUAUCCUUGGAGUCACAUAGUUUUGGGAGGGCACACCCCCUUUCUCCUACCUGUGCCAAAACAGCCAAAUUUCAGAGAGUUACCGAAAAAAGAAUAUUUAAAAAUUUAUCAGUCUUCCAUGGUUCACUUCGAGUGAAUCCUAUUCUGCAUGCGGCUAUUUUGAAUGAUGGUGGCUAAACCGAGAAAAAGAAACUUUUUUCCAAAAUUCUGGAAUCCCUUGACACAAAACAAACACUAGGCUUAUGCGAAAUUUCUGUGAUAAAAUUAAGAUCUCUGGCGUCAGCUUUGCCGCGUAAAUGCGCCAAACUGUUGCACAGGGGAAAAAACGCGAAAUCAUGACUCGAAAAAGUGCCAAUUCAUCCUGCGAAAUUAUUCGCCACUUCCCCCCCACCUAGUCACUUAAUGAUAGACUGCCCCUGCAUGUUUUUUUUAUGUUUUUAGAAGAAAAAAGACAAUUAAAUGUUUGAUACUGUACAUAAGUGUACAUUGUAUUUUAACAUUAUUUUACAAAGGUCCUAAAAGUCCGAUUCAGUUUGAUCUCUUUAACCAUGGCACACGGGGUUGAUUUCAACCAUUUUUUUAACAUUCAGACAUUAGUUUUUAUCUCGUGCUUUUUAUCUAUUAAUUGUUUUUCACUUUUUAUCUUCUUAUUUGAUUUUCGCAAACUUACACAUGAAAAUUCCUGCUGUUUUUGUAAAUCCUAACUACGCAUGCCCCCCCCCCCCCCAGCAAAUUCAUGAAUGUACAUAUAAGAUAUGUAAUAAUAAACUGCAUGUACAAGUGCAAUUCUUCAAAUGGGAAUAGUUUUACAAUUGUUCAAAGUCCAAAUUCUUCUGAUAAAAAAAUAUUGAAUUUCCAUAUUAUAAAUGAGCAUGCAGGUUGUUGAAUUUAAAUAAAAUGAAAUUUGUGUAUUUAUUAAACAGAAAAUAAAAUUCAUACGUUCAAU